CCCCGCCGUUCUUCUUCUUCUUCUUCUUCGGUCUCCACGUCUGCCUGACUUAUUAUUACCAGAGAGAAAUGGAGAGUAAUAAAGAGAAACCUGUAGACGACGUCGGAUCAGUAGUUGAAGCUAUAUCGGCUGAUGACGAUAACGCCACUCCUCUUUAUGAAGUCGAAAGCCUCUGCAUGCGCUGCACUCAGAACGGAACAACAAGGUUUUUAUUGACUUCAAUCCCUCAUUUUAGAAAGGUCUUGCUCUCAGCUUUUGAAUGCCCGCAUUGUGGUGAAAGGAACAAUGAAGUUCAAUUUGCCGGUGAAAUUCAACCCAAGGGAUGCCAUUACCGUUUGGGGGUCCAAUCAGGGGAUCCAAAAAUGUUUAUUCGACAAGUGGUGAAAUCGGAGUCUGCCACCAUAAAGAUCCCUGAACUAGUUUUUGAGAUCCCACCUGAGGCUCAGCGGGGAAGUCUAUCAACAGUGGAGGGAAUACUAGUUCGAGCUAUAGAUGGACUACAAGCCCUUCAAGAAGAACGCAAGAAAGCUGAUCCUCAAACUGCAGAAGCAAUUGACCAGUUUUUGUUGAAGCUGAAAGCUUGUGCAACAGGAGAGUCUCCCUUCACCUUCAUCUUGGAUGACCCUGCUGGAAACAGCUUUAUUGAGAACCCGUUUGCUCCAUCUCCUGAUCCAUCAUUGAGCAUUAGAUUCUAUGAUCGAACACCUGAACAACAAGCAGCAUUGGGAUAUCUUGUAGACUUGUCGCAGUUGAAUGCACCUGAAGCAUCUAUGAGAGAAAUAAACAAUGAUGUUGGUCAAGUAAGAAGACAACCACAUGGAUCAGUUGGAGCAGCAGCUGGUCAAAAGGCCAUUGCUCAGAGUAAUAGUGCUGAAAUUGCUGAGGCCUUAUUCCGAUAUUCUGCACCUGAAGAGGUGAUGACUUUCCCAUCAACUUGUGGAGCCUGUGCCGCUAGUUGUGAGACUCGGAUGUAUGUAACCAGGAUUCCAUAUUUUCAAGAAGUUAUUGUAAUGGCAUCCACAUGUGACAGUUGUGGCUACCGAAAUUCUGAGUUGAAGCCUGGUGGACCAAUUCCUGAGAAGGGAAAGAAAAUAACCCUGUGUGUGAAAAACGUCAAUGAUUUAAGCCGUGAUGUUAUAAAGUCAGAUACUGCAAGCGUAAAAGUCCCAGAACUAGAAUUGGAGCUGGCUAGUGGCACACUCGGUGGGAUAGUUACAACAGUUGAAGGUCUUAUUACAAAAAUUAGCGAAAGCCUUGAGAGAGUGCAUGGAUUUACUUUUGGGGAUAGUCUUGAUGAAUCUAAGAAAAACAAGUGGCUAGACUUCAAAGCUAGUUUGAACAAGAUUCUGAGCAUGUCAGAACCUUGGACUUUAGUUCUCGAUGAUGCAUUAGCCAACUCUUUCAUUGCACCCACAACUGAUGAUAUUAAAGAUGACCAUCAGUUAAUUUUUGAGGAAUAUGAGAGAUCAUUGGAGCAAAACGAAGAAUUGGGUCUGAAUGACAUUGACACCACCUCGGCUGAUGCCGCAUACGACAAAAACAAGAGCGGAUAGAUAGACUACAAAUGAUAUGUAUCUGAGAGCAAGCUUCGGCCUUCGGGUCACUUGUUCCCUUAUUCAACGAAUCGAACAUGACUGAACGACAAAACGAGUGUUGUGCAAAAACAAUCCAAACUAGCUGCCGGAAUGAAACAAUGUGUUCAA